AUGGGCAACUGCAAAUCCAUGCCUUCUUCCCAAACCCAGUUCAUGCAAACGGCCAGAAUACUAUUUUUCAAUGGCGUUAUGAAGGAAUUCAGGGAACCCAUCAAAGCAGGGGAAAUCAUUAAACAAAAUCCUGGGUAUUUUCUUUGCCAUUGGGAUUCCCUGCACAUUGAUAAAUUUAUGGUGUCUGUUAAUUCGAAGGAUGUAUUGGAGUUGGGAGAGCUUUAUUUUUUGCUUCCUUUACGUAAAUUGCAAUAUGUUCUUUCAGUUUCAGAUAUGGCUGCAAUGGUGUUUAAGGCUAAUUCUGCCAUUAAUCAGAUGAUUAGCAGCAGAGAGAGAGAUGAUAUGUAUUGCAAAAUCUCGGAUGAUCCCUUACCACAAGAAAGUCAGAAGAUGGUGUCAUGUCAAUCAGGAUGA